GAGAGACAGACAGACAGAGAGACAUAUGGAGGUGAGGAUAACUUGGGGAGUCAGGUUUUUCUUUCAUCCAUGUGGGAUCCAACCUUGCCAACAAGCACCCUUGCCUUCUGUGCCAUCUCCCAGGCUCUCCUUUUGACUUUUAAACUGCUUACAUUGCUCAUUUACUUACUCCGUUACUUGGGGUGACCUGUGUUAGUUUCUAGUUGGAGACAGUAAGAAUAUCAAGUGGCGUUUGUAGGAAGGGCAUGAUAACAGGUGCAGGCUUCUCGGUGCCUGUUAGAUGAGCUAAUGUGGUAUUUAGAAUAGUGCCGGCCUGUAGUAAAUGGUGAAGCAUGUUUUGUAAUAAUGUCUGAGUGAGAAAAGCUCAAAUCAUCACCAGAGUCUGGCCACCUUACUGAACAUACAUUCAGUCCUGCUGCCUCUGGGCUGCUUGGGCCUUGACCUUGAGGUCUGAUUUCAGACCUUGCCCAUAAGCGUAGGCUCCCCACUUCUCCCUGUAGCCUGGGAUCCUUGGCUUUACUUCUAUUGCUUGCUCUUGGGAUACUUGAGGCUGAGUUCAUAAGGGGUGUUGCAGUCACUCUGUGCACUGAUCUUGGUUAAUAGCAACCCCUGGAACUGAGGGAGGGAGGAGGACAUGAAGGCUGCUUGGAUCAGAGGCAGGGGCAUCACUAAGGGAAGGCCAGUGUUGCCUUUAAAGAGGAACCUAGGAUGGGCCCCUGCUGUCCACUCUACCCAGUGCUUCAAGUCACUGUAGCCAGAGUGGGUGCCAGCAUCAUUCGGAGAUAGGGAGGUGGUAUUACCGGCCAUGGAGGCGUUCCCACUGGAACCUGACACACAGAGGCACCAAGGCCAGAACUGGGUGUAUAGUCUGAUUGGCACCCUUUUUUUCAGGGACACCUCCCCACCAUUGCCACCAUCCCCCCAGAAGUUGCUGGUCUUGAUUAACAGGUGAUAGCCUCUGCCCAGACACUUGACUGGACUGUCUUAAGUACAACAUGACAAUUUCAGUUCAGUUGAUGAGUGGGCUAGAAGUUGGCAUGGGAACCUGGGCAAGAUUCCUUCUAAUUCUUCCCUGGAAGGGAGUCUACCUCUGUGUCUUAGUCUGAACUGGUCUAUUUUGGAACUAUUUUGGGCCGUAUGCGGAGACUAUGUCCUCUCAGAGCUGCUGAUCUGAUGGAAGAGGAUUCCACACAUCCUGUCUGCCUGGAGAGGAAUUCUGGUGUGAUGGGAGAACUCAGCUCCUCUUCCUUGGAACUUGCUGUCACCCACAAGUGCCACAGUCCUCCUGUCUGAGGAUGGAGGCAUGACCUUUGACCUUUAGGGGCAUCCAGUCUGAUAGAGGAGUCAUGGCUACUCCCCUCAGGGAGAUUCUGGUUUGGGCCUGACCUUCUCCCUCAGGAAGGAUUCCUAUAUGAUAGAGCAGGUGCAUUUUGUCCUUAUGUCCAAGGAAUCCCAUGUAUUAGAUAAGCUCCAACCUUGGCAUCUCCUCCCUUGACCCGACACCUAGAGAAUCCAGCUCCCACACACAGCAGGUAAAGAGUUGGGCAGAUGGGUACAGAAUCAAGGACAGGGGACGCUAGAGGCUUUCUUGCAGCAAGUGAGAGUGGGAUGGAAGGCUUCCUGGAGGAGGUGCCUUUAUGGUAGAGUCAGGUGCUGCCUGUGACCCACAAAGAUUAAAAUGCAGAGGCUCCCUGUGCCGAGGAAGGGAAACUUGAGGGUCACUCAAGAAAUGCAUCUCCGCAUCUCUGCAUAGCCUGUGCUGCUGAGGUGGGGGAAGGCUCAGAGAGACCCUCACCACUGGCUGGCUGUGAGCAGGUCAAGUGCUGCCAGCCUGGAGACAUCCGCUUCUAUAGCCCAAGAAGCCCAGAGGAGGAGAGGAAACAGGACGCAUAUCAGGAACGCCUUUUCCUCUUCUUUGUAACUGACCCUCAUUUGGGGCUGGGGAGAGCCAUCUGCAGGGCUGGCCUGGCUGUUGCUGCCUUCAGCCCCCAGCUCUGGGUCUCUCUGAGGGGCCUUGCCUCUGUUCUGUCUUUCCUGGGCUUACACUGUGGCACCGCUGAGGCUUGUGGCUACAAAAUGGGAGUGUUCAAGAAGGCAAGCCCCAAUGGAAAGCUCACCGUCUACCUGGGAAAGCGGGACUUUGUGGACCACAUUGACCUGGUGGACCCCGUGGAUGGCGUGGUCCUGGUGGAUCCUGAGUAUCUCAAAGAAAGGCGAGGCCCUUCCUCAGUUCCCCUGCUCCUCACAGUCUACGUGACACUGACCUGCGCCUUCCGGUAUGGCCGGGAAGACCUGGAUGUCUUGGGUCUGACUUUUCGCAAAGACCUGUUUGUGGCUAACGUGCAGUCCUUCCCACCGGCCCCUGAGGACAAGAAGCCACUGACUCGGCUACAAGAGCGACUCAUCAAGAAGCUGGGCGAGCAUGCCUACCCCUUCACCUUUGAGAUCCCGCCAAACCUUCCGUGCUCAGUCACAUUGCAACCUGGGCCUGAGGACACAGGGAAGGCCUGCGGUGUGGAUUAUGAAGUGAAAGCCUUCUGUGCUGAGAACCUGGAGGAGAAGAUCCACAAAAGGAAUUCUGUGCGGCUAGUCAUCCGGAAGGUUCAAUAUGCCCCUGAGAGGCCUGGCCCUCAGCCCACGGCUGAGACCACCAGACAGUUCCUCAUGUCGGACAAGCCCCUGCACCUUGAGGCAUCUCUGGAUAAGGAGAUCUAUUAUCAUGGAGAGCCCAUCAGCGUCAAUGUCCAUGUCACCAACAACACCAACAAGACUGUGAAGAAGAUCAAGAUCUCGGUGCGCCAGUAUGCAGACAUCUGUCUCUUCAACACAGCUCAGUACAAGUGCCCAGUGGCCAUGGAGGAAGCUGAUGAUACUGUGGCACCCAGCUCAACAUUCUGCAAGGUCUACACACUGACUCCCUUCCUGGCAAACAACAGAGAGAAGCGGGGGCUUGCCCUCGACGGGAAGCUCAAGCAUGAAGACACAAAUCUGGCUUCCAGCACUCUGUUGCGGGAAGGCGCCAACCGUGAAAUCCUGGGUAUCAUUGUUUCCUACAAAGUCAAAGUGAAGCUGGUGGUGUCCCGGGGCGGCCUGUUGGGAGACCUUGCAUCCAGUGACGUGGCUGUGGAACUGCCCUUUACCUUAAUGCACCCCAAGCCUAAAGAGGAGCCCCCACAUCGGGAAGUUCCAGAGAGCGAGACUCCAGUAGACACCAAUCUCAUAGAGCUUGACACCAAUGAUGACGACAUUGUGUUUGAGGACUUUGCUCGUCAGCGGCUGAAAGGCAUGAAGGAUGACAAGGACGAAGAGGAUGAUGGCACCGGCUCUCCACACCUCAACAACAGAUAGACUGGGGCCAGCCUCAGCCCAGCAGCUCCAGGUUCACUCUCGCACUCGGAUGCUUUCUCGUCUCCUUCCCAUUCUGGUUCUUCCUUUUGUUCUUCCAGUUUCUACCAAGGGGCCCCAGUGGUCUUCCAAGUCUCGGUGAUGAGCCUCUGGUCUCAGAACUGGCCUCGCAUCACCAUGCCAGCAGGACCACGUCCUCAGCCAUCUCUCUGCGAUCUCUUGUCCACCCCCUUUUCAUGCUCAUUCCCAGGAAGGCCACACUGCCUGGCCUUGGGAUUUGGCUUGAGAUGGGGAGCAGAAAGGGGAGGGUGUGGCCUGAAGGCACAAUGAUGAUGGGUUUGAAUGAUGGAGGGGGUGGGCAAGAUGGCUCAAGACACACAAGAAGAUGUAUAUAGUCCUAGUAGGUGACGGUUUUGGCAGCUACAAGAUGAGACCUUAUUGAAGGUGGGAGAGGGCAGGACUGUGAAUAGAUUCUCAGUGCUUUGUUUUUGUGUGUGGUCCAGGCCCACAGAGACUCCUCCCCCUACACCCUCAUCCUUGGUCCAUGUCCCUAUGUCUCAUGGGGAAGGCACAUAGACCCCAGGAGUGGAGAGCAAUGGACUGGCUUUCUAACCAGAUGACAUCUAGACCGAGGCAGGCUACAGAUCCAGCCAUACACAUGUCAGAACUGAUCAGAUGAGACAUCAAAGCUUUGUUGAGUUUUUGUGUGUGGGCACAGAGAGGGGAAGCGGGUUUUAAACAAACACCAGCCCCUAGCAGUGAGCCAAAGCUACUGAGGAUGUUUCCUGGGAGGAGGUUAAGAGAUGGAGCAGGGCAGGGAGGCAUCCAUCCUCUUUCAUCGUGGAUAGUCCUUCAGGAACCCAGGAUGGAGGGACACAGGCAGCUGGAGCCACCAGUAUCUCCCGCUUCCUCCAGUGACUGGCCCUGUAAGCUAGGAGAAACAGUGGUGCCUGAGGCCACCAUCCCCCUGUUAAGGGAUCCGAUUCCCAGAAGAUGCCAUCCAUACAGAUGAACUCCCAGUAGGAAGGCGGCUCCUCUCCUAAAGGAGUUGAUCCUGUUCCUACCCAGAGUCAUGGGUAGCCGGUAUCCACCCGCUGGUGUUAGUAUGACUUGACUGGGGUGAAUCUCAGGGUAACAGGGCAGACGGGUGGUAAAACAGAAAAUGCUCAAAGAUAUCCUUGUUUGGUCUUCGAUGCUAGCUUGUUGUGUGACCUUGGGCCAGUUCCCUUCCCCCUUUGGGCCUCAGUUUCUUGUUGGAAAGCCGAGAGGUAGACCAGAUGAUUCCAAGAGUUUCUUGUUCAAGUUUCUGUCACUCUGUGACUCUCAAGAGCUUCUUUCUGAUCUUCCAGGUGGAGCUGGGGCUGCCAACUGCUCCAUCUGCCUUCAGAGGAAGUUCAUGGUACCUCAGAGAACCCAGGCCAGGGCAGAUCACUGAGUGCACCUUCCUGCCUAGGCAGGGCUGCUCUCGGACCUAGUCAGCUUAUCUGAUGUCAGGUUGUGGCCAUAGCCUUUGUGAACUUCUUGACCCCAGAGCUAUUUGCUGAGGUUUGUAUGAGAAGUGUGUGGACAACAACCUCAGGUUUAUCAGAUGUAUUUAGUAGUAGGGCAAGAGGAUCUCAUCUCGAUUUCUGUUCCCCUUUUCUUAGUUCCAUACAUGCCUGAGAAGGGAGACCACAGCUUUUGUUUGGUUUUGAGACCGUGUAGUUUAGGGUAGCCAUGAAUUCACUAUGUAGCUGAGGAUUACUUUGGAUUCCUGAUCCUCUUGUCUCAAGUGCUGGGAUUGCAGGCAUGCCCCUGCCACUGCUGGUGUCAUACUUUAUUGUACAGAUUCGAUCCCAGCCAUCUUCAGUCCAUCAUGCCUGGUGAUUGCAAUUAUUUCUUGUGGUAAGAUGGUCCAGGCCCACUGGCCCUGAACCUCUUAAAUCUCAGAACCAGUCAACUCAAGGCACCUCCUUCCAGAUUAGAAUAGCCAUCUGGGGCAGCCAUAUUACCUGGCUAGCCCUGGGAUCAUAACUGCAGGCUUCUCUGGCAUCUAGCCCCUGCCAGAGCUACCUGGACACUUUUGCACCCAUGGAAUUGAAUUAAAAUCUUGAACAGUGUAAGGCGAGCAUGUGCCUUCCACUGGCUUCCACUAAAACCAUAGGAGCUGAUACAAGACUCUUUAGCAUUUGGGCUAACCUCUCCCGUCCCCCAUCCUUAACUUAUACAAGCAAAAGGUCUCUCAGUCUGGUUUCUUGAGCUUCCCACACUUAAGUAUCCCCACUCACUCUUUGGGUUUAUCCCACAGAUCGAAUAAAAUUUCUCUACCUGCAGGGAAACAUCAGGGCCCGGCUUCCUCUUCGUGUUUGGAGCCAGGCCUGAUCAAGUUGGAGUCUAGCCAAACCAUCCUUUGAUGACAGCUUUGUUCUUUUAUGCAGGAUACUGCACACACUAAGACAGUUCUCACCCUAGAAUCACUGUCUGUAGAAACCUUCUGGCCAGGGGUAAGUUAGAAGAUAGUAUUGACAGUUCUGGCUACAGCUCGUCCACACAGUGCCUUGACGUGAGUUUGAAUACAGUGUCCCUUCUAAGGUGAAUUCAAACCCCAGAAAUUACACUGCAGGGGGCUGGAAUUUGGUGUCAUUUUGCCCCUACCCCACAGUCGUACGCUGCUGUCCUGGGUGAGAUACACAGGCUCAUGUAUUUCUUUGGCCUCUUCCUGCCUUGGCCUCUGGUAUGCUGCAGACACCACACCCCACCCCCAUCCCGUGACGUGACCCAGUGCUUCUCUAUAGGGCUCUUCUUUGUUCUGGGGUGUUCCUGGCCAGGUGGCACCUGGGAGUGAAACUGGAGGCAGAGGAGCCUCAUGAAGUUCCAGGGACUGUCCGGUGAGACUGGGUUUGCUUGUGCUGACAGACUGGGACUUUUGCCAUCCAACAGCCCACACUGGGGCUUUCCAGUAGACCACAGAGCACAUGUUAAUGCCAGUCUGGGCAAGAAGAGCAUGCUUUGGUAAAAGUUCAUCAAUUGAUGGUGACCAGACUUGUCCAGCACCCCAGCCAAGAGAAAAUUUCAUUUCCUAGAAAGAUAAGAAUUGAGCUGUUUGGCUAGACCCCAUGGCCAUUUCAGCUUCAACGUGCAGCUUGCUUGUCCUAGAGAGUGGCUGACAACCUGAUCCCCAUCGGGUGCAGUGAAAGGGAUCAUGUCCUGAAAGUCCCCAAGGCCACCUCUCAGUCCCUCUAACUGGAACAAUAUAGCCGUUGUCUGCUUUAUUUUAGGGAUUGCUGUGGGUUUGAAUCCGAUGUGAGCCAGGAGCUAGCUAGUACUCUUAGGCCGAUGGCUACAGGGGUGUGGGUGUGCACUCACUGCAGGGAUGAGGCCUGAGGUCACACAGGAAGACUGCUGUGGAAUGAGCCCUCUGUUUACCAGUCUUUGUCCUGAUGUCCCUGGUUAGGUAACCGGCACAAUGAUAAUCAGCCAUUGUGGCUUUGGUGGCUUUCACUGGGGAAGGAGUGUAGGUGUUGUUGUUCGAGGAGGGGUCUCAGUAACCAGGACACAGAAGACAUGGAUGUGGUCAGUGACUGGGGGUCAGGGAGGAGCAUUUGAGCCUGCACUCAUUCACCUCCCAGAAGCCCACAGAAGUCAAGAAACCUGGGCUCUGAUUACAUGUCAGGGAGCUGUGGCCACCAAGAAAUCCAAGGGCAAGAGGAAAGAGAUGUUGCCUCUUCUAAGUAUAAGGUCCCAUCCUGGAUCAAAAGAACCACCACAGCUCCUUGGAGACCUUUGGGAAUGUCCAAACCUCUUGCUCUGAGAGCUGAGUCCUAGCAGAUCCACUCACAGAAGACUCCACGUCCCAGGGGCAGCUCUUUCCCACCAAUGCCGAAGGCCUGUAUGUGUGGCUCCCAUCCCUCAGUGAAGGACUGGGCUCCAACCUUUAACUCCCAGGACUCAGACUCGUGUCUGUCCUGAUAUUCACUCUUUUUAAACUUAAGGACCAAAUGAAGCUUCUCUGCUUUUUAUCCAGACUGUCUUGGGCCUGGUCUAGGCAGCUCCCUCCUGGUCUAAAGCAACCUACUGAUGGGGGGCAGAUCCAUACCUCUGUCACCCCAAUUCAUGCACACUAGCACCUCCCUCAAUAUCACCAACUUGUCAUCCCCAAAAGGGAGGUCAAAGCUGAAGCACAGGUCCCUAGGACCCACUGUCUGCAGACCAGGUACACCUCUCAGUGUUCCACACAGCCUCGCUGGGGGCUGUUGCCGGGGGAAACUGAGGAAAGGGGGGAGGGGCGAGUUUCCAGCCCUCUCCCCAUUCCUACUUUCUCCAGAGUAACUGCUUUUAACUCUGUCUAUUAAGGUUUCACUUUUAAACUCUUUGAAGAAUAACUUCAAAUCACCAUUUUUGCAGUUUUAUCUUAGACCAGCAAGCACAGGUUCUCUUCUUGUUUUUGUGUGUUGGGGUGGUUCCAGCAUCCUGACACAGAGAUACUUGUUGGGACUCAGGUCACCAGGUCCAAGCAUUAGAACACACACUGGUUUUCUAGUUGAGUCACUCUGCACCUUGGGAAUGAGUUUGAUAUGGGCUGGGCCCGAUGCUUGGUGAAGGUAGGGGCUUGGUCCUGAGAGUGGCAUGUAUGGAGUGAGGAGCCCGGUCUAACAUCCACCUCGGAUGCAUUCUCAGGGCAGUAGGAGGAGAACACGGGACUGAUUUUGUUAUGCAUGACCAAGGUGUGGGUAGCCAGGGUCAUGUAAGAGAUACACCAGGUGCUUUUAUGAUGCAGGAUUCCUCAGAGGCAUUUUAGCAAGUCUUCCUUGAGGGAAUCUCCUAGGAUUCCAGUUCCACACCUGUGGGUGUCCAUGUGCACAACAGGAGGUUUUCAUGCCCAAAGAGAGCCUCGUCCCCUUUUACAGUCCACCAGCUUCUCUCUUUGCUGGUCUGCAGCAUCAAGGGGAUUCACUUGCAGGACAGCUCAUUGGUGAGAGUUGGGCUAGCCUUUGGCAAAAAGUCGUGCCUGGGCUUAUGUCCUGGGGCAUUCUAGGUGAGGAGCUGAAGCUCAGGGCAUUGCCUACUGGUGUUUCUAUUCAGUCCAAGUGUGGCCUAGAAGACCCCACUGACCUCAGGUUCCCCAUGUGUAAAGGGCUAGUACCAGGCUCUGCCCACCACACAGGGACUACUGAAAGGGAUAUAAGGGUGGUGGGUAAGAAGAGAGGCCGGAUGAUGCAGCAGACUAUGUGAGUGGCUUGGGUGGCCGAUCCACGUAGCCCACAACAAAAUGACAGUGUGGGAUAUCCUGUCUUCCCUGGGUCUCUCUUCUCAGUGUUAGGUCCAGCCACAACUGCUGCUGCGCUGCCUCUUCCAAGCCGUGGAAGUUGAUGUGUGUCCUGGGUGUGGUGUCGAGGGGUGGCUGGGGCGGCCUCAGGCCUGUGACCCUCUGUGAAGUGGUGAUUUGUGUGGCACAUUCAUUCCUGGACCAUGUCCAGGUCAACCUGUUGUACCUGUGGCUGCCCUUGUCCCAUGAAGUCAUUAUAGUUUAUUCAACUGCAACAGGACAAAUGAGCAAAAGAACCUUGAACAAGAGGCCAUUAAAGGCCUUUUGUGAUGGAGGACA